CACACACAUAUACACGCCCAUGCAUUGUAAAUGAAACCACGAAAAGGCACAUAAGACACAGGAAGCCCAUCAGCAACUGUAUGGACUAAAAAAAGGAGACUCGCUUUAGAAUCGUCACAAACCUGAGGAAGAAAAGUAGGACGGCUGGAGCACAAGGUGAAGAUGGACAAGUCAGAAAUGUUUGGCUUCUCUCUGGAGUCAGACGACAGGACGGAGGAGGAGAAGGCACGGCAGAAAGAGGCAAAGAAGGGCGGCCUGGUUUCUGCCCUGGGAAUGGGUCAGGAGUCGCCCAAGGCUCCCAUGGACACUGAUUACCAGGAGGAAAUGGAGGACCCCAAGCCACAGAUUAGAUUCAAUCUUAAUUUUGACAAAGGGAUUCGAGGCGUGGGGGAGCCCAGCACGAAGAGAGACAGCAAGACGUUCAGCAUCGACAGAUUGUUUGAAGCAGCAGCCAGCGGAGACGCCCGAAACCUGGACGGCCUUCAUCAGUACCUGCACCAGAAUAUGAAGAAGCUGUCUGACUCUCUGUAUCAGUCGUAUGGUAAAACUGCCCUGAUGAAGGCUCUGCUGCACCUCAAGGACGGCAAGAACGAGACAGUGGAACUGCUAAUUGACAUUUCAGAGAAGAUGGGAGACGUUAAAGAGUUUGUGAAUGCAGCAUACACCAACACCUACUACAAAGGCCAGACCGCUCUCCAUAUCGCCAUUGAGAGGAGGAGUAUUUCCUACGUGAAGCUGCUGGUCAGUAAAGGAGCAGACGUCCACGCCAAAGCCUGUGGAACAUUCUUCCAGCCACACGAUGGCCCCAGCUUCUACUUUGGUGAGCUGCCUCUGUCUCUGGCAGCCUGCACCAACCAACCCGACGUGGUGGACUUCCUCAUGGAGAACGGGUACCAGUCAGCGGACGCCAAGCUGACAGACUCUCAGGGAAACACGGUGCUGCACGCCCUGGUGGUGGUGGCUGACAACUCUACGCACAACACCGAGUUCAUUACCAACAUGUAUGACCGCAUCCUCAAGACCACUGCCCGCCUGCACCCCAAGCUGAAGCUGGAGGACAUCGAGAACCACAAGGGGCUGACACCUCUCAAGAUGGCUGCUAAGACUGGAAAGAUCGGGCUUUUUUCACACAUCCUGCAACGGGAAUUCCAAGAGAGUAACACCAAACAUUUGUCCCGUAAAUUCACCGAGUGGGUUUACGGGCCCGUCCACAGCUCCCUGUAUGACCUGGCCUCCGUGGACUCAUAUGAGGAUAAGUCCGUGAUGGAGAUUCUGGUGUACGGCAGUGACAUCCCUAACCGCCACAAGAUGCUGCAGACAGAGCCUCUGGGCCAGCUGCUGGAGGAGAAGUGGAGGACGUUUGCAGGCCGAAUGUUUUUCCUCAACUUCUUGGUCUACAUCCUGUACCUGACCAUCUUCACUCUUGUAGCCUACAAUAGGAAAUUUGGAAAGCCGCCAUUUCCUGUCGAAAACAGCUUAAUGGGUUACCUGGAUCUUUCAGGCCAGCUAGUGAUGGUGCUGGCAAACUGCUAUUUCUUUCUCGUAGGGGUCGCAGAGAUGAAGAGGAAACGGCCAAAGCUGCAGACGUUGCUGAUUGAUGGAUAUUAUGAGAUACUUUUUUUAUUGCAGGGCGCCCUCUUCCUGGUCACAGCCGGGCUGUAUCUGUUCAGGCGGCAGGAGUACAUUGGCUUCCUGGUGCUGUGUCUCGCUCUCAGCUGGGUCAACACACUCUACUUCUCCAGGGGCAGCAGACACAUGGGCAUCUACAGCAUCAUGAUACAGAAGAUGAUCCUCAGUGAUAUCCUGCGCUUUAUUGUUGUCUACCUCGUCUUCCUCUUUGGAUUCGCAGCAGCAUUGAUCACUCUGAUUAUAAAGCCUCCAAAAAACAUGACUGCUGUGACUCAGCCGCCACAAAAGGGGCGUCUCUUUGGUCCCGUUGGGUCUGACGAGGAGUGUGUAAAACCCACCUUUGAAAACUUCGCCUUCACCCUGCUGGAGCUCUUCAAGUUCACCAUCGGCAUGGGCGACGUGGAAUUCGUCCAGGAAGGCGAGAACAAGGUGGUUUUCUACAUGCUCCUCAUUGGCUACAUCGUUCUUACGUACAUCCUGCUGCUCAACAUGCUCAUCGCCGUCAUGAACCGCACGGUGGAGAGGACCACCAGCGAGAGCGCCAGCAUCUGGAAGCUGCAGAGGGCCAUCACGAUCCUGGACAUGGAGAGGAGGCUGUCUUGCUGUCUGAGGGAGAGGUAUCGCUGUGGGGUGGAGAAGAACCUCGGCACUGCUCUUGGAGACGACCGUCGCUGGUGUUUCAGAGUGGAGGAAGUCAACUGGAACAAAUGGAACAGCAACCUGGGCAAAAUCGAUGAGGAUCCCGGGUGCUGGGAUCGAGACCACCAGCCUACCUCACACAGACUAUCGAACAGACUAAACAGAGGGAGGAGCUGGAGAGACUUUUCCUUGGAAGGCAGUCUGUGGCGGCGGCAGACGCAGCAGUCCACAGAGAUGACUCCUCUGAGCAGCACGCAUGUCUAAAGAGACAACAGAGAGUUUCCACUGUGGCUGCUCAGCCUGACUGACCUGAGCAUCGAGGCAUUCAAACCUAAAGACAGUAUUCAGUUUCAGUUCCCUCAGAAAUGUAACUGUGUGUGAACUGCCUCUCUGACUGACUGAUACUCUCACAUCAGGUUGAUUUUAAAUUCAGCAUUUGAGGCAAUAUUUCACUGAGAGGAGCAGUGAGGAGGACUAUAUUAGUGAUAUUUGUUCAUCCGACUGAUAUAAUGAUGUAAAAUAGUAGAAUUUAGAAUACAUUUAAGGGACAGUUCAGCCCAAAAAUACAUAUUUCAACUCUCACCUUUGGUACUUUUUACCAAUCUAGAUUUUUUUUUGGUGUGAGUUGUUGAGUGUUGGAGAUACUGGCCGUAGAGAUGUCUGCCUUCUCUCCAAUAUAAUGGAACUAGACAGCACUCGGCUUGUUAAAAUUCCGAAAAAAAUAAAUUAAAAAAAAACGCAACAGCAAUGUCUCUUUCCAGAAAUCGUGACCCAGUUACUCAAAAAUAAUCCACAGACUUUUGUUGUGUCUCAAAUCAGAUACGUAUAUAAUUGAUAUUUUUAUAAUGAUAAUAACAAUCAUUUACAGUCUCUGUUAUGUGGUGGUUGAUCUGUUCCUCUGUUCGGAGGGUAAGGAGCUCCUGGACCUCGUUGUUUUCCCACGGUGCAGAUUUUUUCAGCUGCUGUUGAGCUUCUUAUUUGAGCUAGCUGCUAACUGCUAGCAGCUGCUUUUUAAGUUUCCCACUGUAGCUUGUACACGAAACACGUCAUCAAAACGUGCUGUGCAACCCAUGGUCUCAUCCUGCCGGCUGUCCCUUUUAUACAGACGGUUGUUUUGGCGCUGUUAUGACCUCCAGUGCCGGCUUAAAGGUGUGACAACUCUGUGCACCCAUUCCACACUUUUACCUUUUAUAGGGAACGGAGAGGCCGACAUAACGGCAUGAAAUUCCCGUCCAGAAGAGGCAGUGUAAAAGAACCUAUUAACUCAUUAGAACUGCUGGUGAAACAGCCAACAGUGUGAGCCACGGACAUUCAUAACGUGUCCUGAAAGCACGUUCAUUUUUAAUAUACUAUGUGCUUGUGACAGUGCAAGAUACAAACAUUAAUGGUGUCCUCUGUAAUGUUAGCUAGCUCAUUGGUGUUAGAUGUGCUAGCAGUAGAUACACGCUUCCCUCUGCAUGGUGAUGCGGUUGCUGGUAGUAGUUCUGUAGAAAGAAAAUAGUUCCAACAUGAAACUUGUCACAACAAGGUCUGUGGAUUGUCUUGAGUAUCCAGGUCAUGGUUUUUGGAAAGAGACAUUGCUGCUGAGUUUUUCAAAUUUAUGUUUUGCUGCUUUGAGCACCACAAGCCGAGUGCCAUCUAGUUCCAUUAUACUGGAGAAAAGGCAGACAUCUCUACGACCGAUUUCUCCAACACUCGACAGCUUACACCAAACAAUAUAGACUGAUAAAUAGCUCUACAGUAAGAUGAAGAAUAUUUGAUUUGGGGUUGAACUGUCCCUUUAAAAAAUAUAAUCCAAAGGUUUCUACACAUGCUGUUUCUGCCACCACCUGAACAGGAUGCACAUCCUCUCUGCAAAAAGGCCAAAACCUGCCGGCACCUCUGACAUCGCUCAGAAUCCUUCAUGGAGUAAUACUGAUUACGAAGGUGCUGAUCCCGCCCUCCUGCUGUGUGCCCUUUAUACGAGUCCCAUUUUCAUCACAGCCAGACAAGCUAAAUCUACUGCAGCCAGAUAGUCCUGUGGAUUUCACAGCUUGCUUUGUCUACUCUACUUCCUGUUUCCAUUUGGCAGAGGCAGGCUCUGAUAAAUGGCAUGAAAGCACAGCAAUUGGUGCAACAAUCGCUGCCUUCAGCACGAGCUGUCUCAGUUACAAAUUAUAUAUGGUUAUGGCGGGCCUUUUUAAACCGCUCAGCAACGUCUGAGGCUGAUUAUGUAAGAAUCUGUGAAUAGUACGUUACUUGAACUGUCAGACAUGAUGACAGUAGUUAAGUUGCUGUAUCCAGUGUUGCCAGAUCAGACUGACAAGUUUCCAGCCCAAUCACGACUUCAAUCCAAUUCAGUGAAAACCAGCCUAAAUCAUAACUGGGUCAGAAACCAAUGUAAAACAAUUACAUACACAAUGUUAUGUCAAAUGUGUCAAUGUUACACAAAGAUAAAAUGUCUGAUAAUUAAUAGGGCUGGGACGAUUUGCUUAUCACUUGCCAAUUUAUAUAUGUAUUGUCAUUUUCAAGUACUGCAACACAUUCUUUGCAAUUUUUGUUUAGUUUUUUAACACUAGACCACGGGGAAAAGUUGAAUCGUACAGUUUCAAGAGACGGUAUAUCAUGAGACAUAUUCCAAAAGUGGUGCAGACUUCCCUCUGUGUCACUGGUAAUGAGAAAAUACAGUGAGUGCUGGACAGAGCAGUGAGUGACAACAACCCCACCCACAUUUAAGAGUACUGUUUGCAGUGGAAACCUUAGGGUCUAGGUACCAUGUCUGAAGGAUCAUUUAUCCAAAGGUACCAUACUGAAAGUGUUUGGUGAAAACGGGGCUUUUGCCUCACUCUCUGCUACUAGGAGAACAUUUGCAGAGAUAAAAGCAGGCGGAAGCUCCAGGGAUGGACUCAGUAACAGCUGUAGCAGCUUAAGUUCAGUCAACCCUAGCACCAGGGUUCACAUUAGGCUGGGUCUAAUCUGUGUAACAGCAGCAACAGAAAGUUUCAUGAUCUGGCGUGGAGUUUGAGCUGGGCUGGCUGAAUUUGAGUUGCUAUUUGAGAAGCUGAAGGUCAGUGUCCUCCGACCAUCCACAUUAUCACUUCUGCGUUUGAAAAUAUUGAAAAUUACUGAAUUAUAUUAUAUUGAAUUGAGGAAUUAUACCCCCCAAAAUGCAUCUCUGGUGUCGUGCUGCAACCACAUUAAAGUCAAAUACUGCCAUGAAGUGAGAACCCCAUCCCCAUCCCCCCUAAAAUCCAACCUAUUUAAAAACGGCAGUCCCUCCUCUGCAUGUAAGCGGGGAAACUGUACUGUGCCUCUGAAAACUGAAAAUUAUUUUGAGAAGACACAAUGCAUGUGAAGAGUGUAAAUUGACAUGCCAUCCCUUAGCAUCUUAAACUGAUGCUGGAGGGGUACCUGAAGCGUCACUGUUUGGCAUGUAGAG